AUGGGCGAUCUAGGACAUGAACAGCAGGCGACUCGCGAAAAUGACAUCAUGUUCCAGGCUUUUGAAUGGAAUAUUCCAGCGGAUCAACAGCACUGGAAACGCCUGAAAGAGGCAGUACCGAAGCUCAAGGCCAUCGGAGUCGACAACAUUUGGCUUCCGCCGGGUUGCAAAGCACAGUCAGCGGAGGGCAACGGAUAUGAUAUUUACGAUCUUUACGAUCUGGGCGAGUUCGACCAAAAAGGCGGCAAGUCGACGAAAUGGGGACCAAAAGAGGACUUGAUUGAGCUUUGCAAGGCGGCCAAAGAGAAUGGAAUCGGGGUCUACUGGGACGCAGUACUGAACCACAAGGCUGGAGCUGACAAGACGGAGCGGUGCCGCGUUGUCGAGGUUGACGAGAACGAUCGCAACAAAGAGACAUCCGAGCCCUACGAGAUCGAAGGAUGGUUGGGUUUUAACUUUCCGGGUCGAGGAGACAAAUACUCCAGCAUGAAGUGGCACUGGGAGCACUUUGGUGGCACCGAUUGGAACCAGGAGAAUGAGCGCAAGUCCAUCUAUAAGAUCAUGGGUGACCACAAAGAAUGGUCUCGGUCUGUUGGCGACGAGCAGGGUAAUGCCGACUACAUGAUGUUUGCCGACAUUGACUACUCACACCCUGAGGUCCAAGACGACGUCAAGAACUGGGGGACAUGGAUCACCAAGGAAUUAGGUCUCAGGGGCUUCCGUCUCGACGCUGUGCAACACUUCAGUCAGCGGUUCACGAACGAGUGGAUCGAUAACUUGCGAGAUGAGUGCGGUAAAGACAUGUUCAUCGUCGGCGAGUUCUGGACCGCGGAGACCGAGCCGAUGAAGGAGUGGCUGGAAACGAUGGACCACAAAUUCUCCCUUUACGACGCGCCUCUCGUCUACAACUUCAGUCAAAUCAGCACCACCGAAGGCGGUGAUUUGAGAAAAGUCUUCGAUGGCAGUCUUGUACAAGAGAAGCCCAUCAAUGCGGUCACUGUGGUAAUGAACCACGACACACAACCAGGUCAAACCAUGGACACGAAGAUUGAAGGCUUCUUCAAACCCCUCGCGUACUCUCUCAUCUUGCUCCGUCAGGAGGGCUAUCCCUGUCCCUUUUAUGGGGAUCUAUACGGGAUGAAGAAGGACUCGGAGCCGCCAUCCUGCGGGGGAAAGCUUGCUGACUUGAUGCUUGCUCGUAAGCUUUAUGCAUACGGUUCUCAGGAGGAUUACUGGGAUGAUGCGAAUUGUAUUGGUUUCGUGAGGCGUGCAACCUGGGACAAACCUGACGGGCUUGCCUGUGUGAUGAGCAACAAGGGCCCUGGCGACAUUCGCAUGGCGGUUGGCCAGGAACACAUCGGUGAGAGGUGGACCGAUUUGCUAGGCUGGGAGGCCGGCGAGGUGGUCAUUGACGAUGAGGGAUUUGGCAUCUUCAAGUGUCCAGGCGUCUCGGUAUCUGUAUGGGUUAACAAAGAUGCUCAAGGUCGUGAAAGGUUUCCUACCAACUUUGAUUCGAACAUCUAUCAGGAAUAG